AUGCCACUCGCAACGAAAAGAUGGAGACGACCGACCGACCCAUGCACCAUCAUCAUCAUCACCACCACCACUGCCCACAAUGGCGGAGUCGCCGAUGCUGGCUGGCUCAAGAACGGCGCAAAGAAGUUUGAGAGGCUUCUUCGCCAGGGGGAGGUUAGGCCUCGUGGCCUUCUAGAAGACACGGAAAAGACGGGUAAAAGAGGAGGUGCCACAAGCUCGGCCCAGAUCCCGCAGUGA